AUGAAGUCGAUCACCUACGAUAUAGACCCAGGCGGUGAUAUCGAGCUCAUACUCAAAAAGCCGAACGAGCAAAAUAUAGUGCCAGAGAACACUACUCAAACUCUCGGUGGAAAGCGCUUUAAUCCGAAGUUCCCCAAUCCACCAUGCUUCGGUCGGUAUCAAGUCUUUAGCGAGCUCUAUCCUGAUGGCGAGAACGAGACCCCUGACGUCCAAGUGGACAUCCACAUGCGAGUGUCUUCCCGACAUCUGAUUCUUUCGUCACGCAUAUUCCGAGCUAUGCUCGAAGGGCCCUGGAAAGAGGGAACCCCGUCUUCUGGACCUAUUCGACAAAUAUCAGCUGAGGACUGGGACGCCGUCGCUCUCGCCAUAGUCUUGGACGCCAUCCAUUGCCGCCAUCACGAUAUCCCAACAAAGAUCGAGAUUGGACUCCUGGCUAGAAUUGCAACUAUUGUUGACUAUUACCAAUGUCGCGAGGCUAUGCGUUUCCAUUACGAGGCGUGGGCCCACCAUGAAGCAGAACAUUCAUGGCAUUAUAACGCAAACGUGUUGCCGUUGUAUGUCUCUUGGGUAUUUCAUGAUGAGAAUGAAUUCCAAAUAGUGGCAAGUUCCGUUCUACGUCGUAGCACAGGAAUGUCCGGAUUCAAUACUCAUGAGCUUCCUGUCAGCGGUAUCCUCACUAAGCUCGAUGACAUCAGACAGACCAUGAUGAAGAAAGCCUUAGAUGCUCUUGACUUUCUCCAAGAACAACUGACCGAAGAAGAAGGUUGCAAAAUAGGGAAUGACGCUAGCUGUACUGCCCUCAAUCUCGGUAUAUUGAUCCGAGAAAAGCGUCUACUGGCACGCUGUAAUCCACCUCUUGUUGCUCCAUAUGACGGACAUAGUCUAGGCGGGAUCCUAGAUAUGAUCGCGUGUUUUGAUCUUCCAGUGAUCCCACACUCUGUUGAUACCUAUGUCGACAAAAUCGACUACGACGACGCAAGCGACGACGACGACGAGUAUUACCCCUGCACCUUACAGGGAAGAGUGAAGCCAGCCUUAGAAGAGAUACGCCUUGCGGUACAUAGCAUCCGUCUGGAUGAUUUCCAACCUAAAUCUACCAGGCACGAGAACUUUUAG